GUUUUCCAUCCUCAAGGGGGAGCGGUUGAGCCUACACCAUAUUUCUGCAAGGAGAUGGUUGAGAAACAGCAAACGCUCCGAGAUGAAGAUCCAGACCGUGUGGUGUGUGGCUGUUUCUCUUUUGGCUGCAGGUGCGUUCGUAGCUGGGAGGAAACGACCAGUCAAGAAACCCUAAAAUAUUCUGUUGGAAUUUAAAUGUUCUUACAAUUUACCUCAGGUUGAUACAAACCGAGGAGCAAAGAACAAGGAGGGCAAGUUGGAGAAUCGAAGCUUCUGGGGCACACACCUCUUGCUGUGGACUUGCUUUGUCAACCUGGUGGCAUCCAUGUAUUAUUGCUGGAUUACAACUCCCUUCAAUCCUGGCUAGCAUGGCUGAUGGCACUUCAGAAAGCUCAGUCAGCAGAGCGUGAGAUUCUUAAUCUCUGGAUUGUGGGUUCAAGCCCCACGUUGGGCCAAAGAUUCCUGCAUCACAGGGGCAUUGGACGAGAUGACCCUCCUGGUCUCUUCCAAACCUACAAUUUUAUGAUAGGAUUUGUAGUCCGAAACAACUGGAGGGCACCAGGUUGAGGAAGACUGUUCCAGAUACUAGCAGGAGGUCUUUAAUGCUGUGUGUGUUUGUUUGUUUGUUUGUUUAUGUGUGUGUAUGUGUUGUUAUUGUUAUGGGUUUCUGUUGUUAUUAUGGGUUUCUAUGUUGAAAACCACCCUGUGACCCAUGGAUGAAGGGCAGUACAUAAAUAAUAUAUAAUAAUAUCAUUACAGUGGUACCUCGGGUUACAUACGCUUCAGGUUACAUACGCUUCAGGUUACAGACUCCGCUAACCCAGAAAUAUUACCUCAGGUUAAGAACUUUGCUUCAGGAUGAGAACAGAAAUCGUGCUCUUGCGGCCUGGCGGCAACAGGAGGCCCCAUUAGCUAAAGUGGUGCUUCAGGUUAAGAACAGUUUCAGGUUAAGAAUGGACCUCGGGAACGAAUUAAGUACUUAACCCAAGGUAUCACUGUAACUUAAUAACAAUAGUAAUACUGACAACUAUUUCUGCCACUCAUUUUCUCUCAAGUCCUCUGCUGACCCUCUCUCACCUGCCAUGCCAACAGGACGGCAGGUGAGUGGCCUACCUGGUAGAGGUGGUGCCACAGAUGACAGGGCAGAAAAGGGCUGGGGAGGGGGAAGUCAGAGGUAUACUGCUCCACUAGGAGAUUUAACCAGCUUCCUGGUGUCCUGGCAAGAAGUGGCCACCCCAGAAGCUGAAGGGUAAUGUUUGGCUAUUUUCCUGACUACUGCUGAGUUCUCUAUAGAGGAUUGUUUUAUCAGUUCUGUGAAUGUUAAUCUAAUAAGCCAACACUGUGCUCCAUUUCUGAAGCAGUUGCAUAGACGGCAUCUCUGACUACAGUGGUACCUCAGGUUAAGUACUUAAUUUGUUCCGGAGGUCCGUUCUUAACCUGAAACUGUCCUUAACCUGAAGCACCACUUUAGCUAAUGGGGCCUCCUGCUGCCGCCGCGCCACCAGAGCACAAUUUCUGUUCUCAUCCUGAAGCAAAGUGCUUAACCUGAAGCACUAUUUCUGGGUUAGCGGAGUCUGUAACCUGAAGCGUAUGUAACCUGGAGCGUAUGUAACCUGAGGUACCACUGUACAGGCAAACCAGCUUCAUACUGCCCACCUCCCAGUUCUGUGAGGGAUGGAGGAGCUAGCAGUCACAGAGGGUCAUCAGCCCCCUACCCAGUCCCCCAGAUGCUGGGGUGGAGCCAGUCCCAGGACGGUUAGUGUGGCAUACAAAUCAUGCGAUUGGUGUGCGUUUGUAGCACAGAUAUGCAUAGAAAUAGAAAAAUGAAUAUGAUUAUCCGAGCAAUUUAUUUGAGUGCAUCUUUUUCUCCCCCCAAGGGCUUGCAGGCAAAGAGAUCCACCAGGCGCCAAGUUUGAUGGUGAAGGAGGGCGGAAUAGCCCAGCUGGAAUGCAGUCAAACCUACGGACACGAUAACAUGUAUUGGUACAAGCAACAGCCCCAGGGGAUGGGCCUUCAGCUUCUCUAUUACUCCAUUGAAAAUGCUGUGGAGACCAACGAGAUCAAGUCAGACAGACUGACGGCUCGUCGGCUGGACAAUAAAGUCUUUUGCUUGAACAUCUCCUCGGUCGAAGCAAGCGAUAUAGCCGUGUAUUUCUGUGCUAGCAGCAGAUACACAGUAGUCGGGAGCUCUUCCGGCAGUGUGCAAUAA